GGGACUACUGUAUGAGAGUAUUGGACAGUUUAAAAAUUGAAGUCGCGUGUGUAAUGUUUACAGAAAUUCACUUAGUUUAUAUAAAUUUAUCUUUACUAAUUUUUUAGUAAAAAUGUCAUUUUUCAUAAGAAAAAAUGUUACAAAGCGUAAAAAGCCACCUGUGAGGGUUAAUAACAAUAAUAUAAAAAAAAAGAAAACUCGAAACCACGUCGACGAUGAAAUCUCAUCGGAAUCAAGUGAAUCCGAACAUGAUGAACAUUUUUCAUCAGAGUCUGAUAGUGAACGACAAUUGACAGCUGCCGAAAAAAAAGUUCAACUUGCUAAAAAAUAUUUGAGUGAAAUUGAAGAAGAGGAACGUCGUCGAUUAGAAGAUGACAAUGAGGAACAAGUAAAUAAAAGUGUAUUAAAACGAUUAAAAGACGAUGUUCUUGAACAAAAAGGAAAAUUAAAAAUUAAAGUAGCUGACGGUCUAUCAUUUCCAACUGAUAUAUUUGAAUUAAGAAGUAAAAAACAUACAAAAGCAAUUACAUGUCUUGUUAUAUCCCCAAAUGAUAAAUUCGCAUACUCAGCUUCAAAAGAUGCUACUUUAGUACAAUGGGAUCUCCAAGAAUUUAAAGCUAAAAAUGUCUUAAUUCAUAACCGUAAAAAACCUCAAGAUAAUCAGACUCAUCAUAACUGUCCAAUAUUAUCACUUGCUGUAUCCGAGAAUUAUUUAGUAUCUGGUGACAAUUCAGGUCUUAUAAUAGUUAGAAAUCCAAUAACUUUAGACUAUAUUGGUAAACUAACUGGUCAUAAAGGCUGUGUAACUGGUUUAACGAUUUGUAAUGAGACACAACAGCUAUUUAGUUGUUCAAAAGAUAAAAGUCUAAAAGUAUGGAAUCUUGUUGACUUAUGCUAUGUAGAAACUCUCUUUGGUCAUCAAACUGAAGUGACUAGUAUUGAUAUGUUACAAAAAGAUCGUGUCAUUUCAGCAGGAGGCAUGGAAAAUAUUAUUCGUGUAUGGAAAAUACAAGAAGAAACACAAUUGAUAUUUAAUGGUGUUGGAGGCUCUAUAGACACAGUAAAAAAAAUUGAUAAUGCUCACUUCAUUACUGGGGGUGACAAUGGUAUACUUAGUAUCUGGGGCUCAUUAAAGAAAAAACCAUUUUGUAAUGUUAAUAAUGCCCAUGGUGUUAGUAGCAACAAUGGAGAACCAAACUGGAUAUCUGCUGUAGGAGCUCUGGCAAAUUCAGAUUUGGUUGUAUCAGGAAGCUAUGAUGGAACUAUCAAAUUUUGGAGGUGUUCUAACAAUUUUAAGACAUUGCUACCACUAUUUAAUGUUUCUAUUCAAGGUUUUGUAAAUAGUUUAGUAUUUACUAAUGAUGGUAGUAAAUUAAUUGUAGCCAUUGGUAAUGAACAUAGAUAUGGAAGAUGGCAUAGUGUAACAGGUGUAAAGAAUAGUUUACAUGUUAUUAAAUUGAACUUUAUUAAAAACUAAUUUUUUUUUACAGUA